UUUGAGAGAUAUUUAAAAUCCGCUUUCAUCUAACAAAUAAAUAACAUUAAAAGCUGUUUGGAAUCAAACGUCUUUUACAACAAAUGUCUACAGAUCAAUCAUUAACUUGGGAUAAAAAUCUUUGUGAAUUCUUUAAAGAAGUUGGACUAAUAGAAACAAGCGAAUGCUUAAGAUCAGAGCUUAUUAUCCUUUCACGCAGUCAUUUGGAAAAACUACCUGACGAAUUAGAAAAGUUAGUGACAAGACUAAUAGAAUGCUUAGAAAGACAUGUACAGGCCAAAGAGGACACAAUAGAAAAACCAGAGAAAGAACAUAAGGAUCUGCUAAUCAGAAAACGUAAACAUUCAGAAACAAAUGAGGAAGAAGAACAGGAACGAAUUAAGCGUAUGGAAAGUGAACAGGUUCAAAUACGAGCAAUUGCUAAAGAGGUAGAUCAGCGAGUGAAUACGUUUAUACAAGGAAAGAGAAACGAACUAGACGAAAGUAAUCGAACAGAAUUCCUUAAUCGAAUCAAUCCUUCUGCUGAAGAUGUAACAUGUGCAAGAACAGACGCAAGGGAGAUAAAUCGUAACAUACAAAUGAAGUUCGAUAUCGUAAAUAAUGAAGAUGGUCCACUUGCUCGUUCAACCAUAACAGUGGGGAAUAAACAUACAGAGAACCAUACAGCUACAGCUGCAGAUCCGAUAGAGCGUAUAAAUAACAUGGAACAACAUUUAAAUAUUAGACUAGACCAUAAUGCAAAACCACCGUUUUCAAUAUUUGAAAGAGUCAAGAUACUCGAAAACACCUUGAUGGAAAUAGAGCGUGAACAUCCACGGUGGGCUGCGGUUCAUUUCAAUCAACCCAAUCGAACCUUCCCACCACCCCCACCGAUCACAUAUAUCACUCGGCCACCCUCUGAAGAUGGAUAUACAUCCACAAAAAUUAACACAGCACCAUCGCAGCCGAGAAUGCUAAAGGCAACAGGAAGAGCAAAUUCUUCGCUAACAAGAGCUGUGGUCGAACAGCUAAGUAGACAACAGCAGCUAUCAGAUGCAAUGUCUGAUUCACAUUUAUGAAUUGAAUAAACGCAU